ACAGACGCUCACAUUCAUGGGGAUUUUCUGAGCCUUUCCUUUGAUACUAAUUCUGCCUCAUUUAUAAAACCUGCAAUCUAAUGGGUUGCCGUGGGUUCGGGCGUUCGGCCCUUCCAUUCUAUUAAUCAAAAGCAAUCGCCGACGACCCAUAAGGCCGGGCUCUCCCAAACCCCUUUCCCUCCGAUGCCCUGACAAUUUCUUCGCUUCAAUCUCUCUUUCAAAUCUCAAUUCUGUAGAAGAAAUUAUAUUUCCGUUUGGGAGAUUAUCAUGACGAAACCCAAGCUCGUAUUACGUCGUUCUCCGGAGGAACGCCGUCAGUUGCUAAAAGAGCACGCAUCAUGUAAAAGCAAACGUAUGGGGGAGGUCGUCGGAGGGGCUGCAGCGGAGGUAACGGCGGUUUGUUGCUGUUUCCCCUGUGCGUUUGUCGAUUUCAUGGUUUUGACGAUGUACAAGGUCCCGACGGGUCUGUGCAGGAACGCUAUUCGCCGGAGGCGCAGCAGAAUGAAUCAUCGCAAUGGCGCUGGUGGUGGUGAGAGAAGGAACAUCGACGAAGAGCUGGCGAUGCAUCCGGCGGUGACUGCGGCGGCGGAGAGGUUCGUUGCGCCGGAGGUGGACAGCGACGUGGCGGCGUUGGAGAAUGAAAUGUGGGAGAAGUUUUACGAGAGUGGGUUUUGGAGAAGUUCUUCAGGGAGAAUGGAGAUAGAUAAUGUAUUCAAUGACGGCAAAAACGCCGUCGUUUGAAAGGAAAAUGGAUACAGCCCUGCUCAUGCUUACAUGACAUGUACUAUACAAGUUUGUAAUGCAUUGAAUACAUAUUUAAAUUAAAUAAAAAACGACCAUUUUCCUCUA